AAGGAAGCGAUGCCCUACAGUAGAAGCAGCCAGCACAUGGCGACUGCUGCUAAAUAGGAGACAGAAUCACGUUAAACGACAUCUGUGAAGGUCCUCGGGACUUGACGAGAAAAGAUUUGUCAGCUUCUAAUUCAACCAUGGUUUCCUUUGACUAUGUAACUCACAAGAUAGUGACUUACAUCCCAUAUGUUCUUGUUUUGAUUGACAUGCGAUAUGAAGGAGUGAACUGUGGCAAAGAUGGGAGUGUGGACAAUCAUAUGGAGAUGGGAAAGAAACUUCUUGCUGCUGGCCAGCUGGCUGAUGCCCUCUCUCAUUUCCAUGCUGCUGUGGAUGGAGAUCCCAACAACUACUUGGCUUAUUACAGGCGGGCUACAGUGUUCCUCGCGAUGGGAAAGUCCAAAUCUGCACUGCCAGACUUGAGCAGAGUGAUUGAACUCAAACCAGACUUCACAUCUGCCCGUCUUCAGAGAGGAAACCUGCUUUUGAAACAAGGAAAGCUGGACGAAGCAGAGGGUGACUUCAAGAAGGUGCUCAAGUCCAACCCCAGUGACAAAGAGGAGAGAGAAGCUCAGAACCAGCUGGCGAAGUCCGACGAGCUUCAGCGGCUGGUGGCUAUGGCGCAUCGCAGCUACAGCAGCAAGGACUACACGACGGCUGCUGCCCAGCUCGACACAAUCAUCGAGACGUGUGUCUGGGACGUGACCUCUCGCGAGAUGAGAGCCGACUGCUUCAUUCAGAUGGGAGAGAUGGGGAAGGCCGUCAGCGACCUCAAAGCUGCAUCCAAAUUAAAGAACGACAACACGCAAGCCUUCUACAAGCUCAGCACCAUCUACUAUCAUCUUGGAGACCAUGAGAUGUCGCUCAAUGAGGUGCGCGAGUGCCUGAAGCUGGAUCCUGACCACAAGCAGUGCUUCAGCCAUUACAAGCAAGUCAAGAAGCUCAACAAACAGAUCCAGGCUGCAGAGGAACUCAUCCAGCAGAAGAGGUUUGAAGAUGCGGUGAGUAAGUAUGAGACAGUGAUGAAGACUGAGCCCAAUGUGCCCCAGUUCUCCCUCCUCGCCAAGGAGCGAAUCUGCCACGCACUCACACAGGACCAGCAGGCAAGCAGAGCUGUCUCGGUGUGUAGCGAAGUCCUCCAGUCGGACCCCGAGAAUGUGAACGUACUGAAGGACCGGGCCGAGGCGUACAUCCAAGAUGAACAGUAUGAAGAAGCCGUUCGAGACUACGAGACGGCCGCGAAACACAGCGAGAACGACCAUCAGAUCAAAGAAGGCCUGGGGAAGGCUCAGCGGCUCCUCGAGCAGUCGCAGAAGAAGGAUUAUUAUAAGAUCCUGGGAGUGAAGAGAACCGCUCAGAAGAAGGAGAUCAUUAAAGCCUACAGGAAACUGGCCCAACAGUGGCACCCAGACAACUUCCAGGACCCAGAAGAGAAGAAGAAAGCAGAGAAGAAGUUUAUAGACAUCGCUCAGGCUAAAGAGGUUCUGACUGAUCCAGAAAUGAGAACCAAAUUUGAUCACGGCGAAGAUCCCAUGGACCCAGAGAGCCAGCAGGGCCACCAUCAUCAACACUUCCACGGCGGUUUCCAAGGCUUCCAGGGUUUCAACCCGUUUGGCUCCGGGCCCUUUAACUUUAAAUUUAACUUCAACUGAGACGAGCGCUGAACCAGCAGAACUGGAGCAGAAUUUUAUUAUCCUCUGUGUACAAGGGAGAUGACUGGCAUUUAAAAAAAAAAAUGUUGGUUUAUAACGUGGAGGACUUUAAUUCACUGACUUUUUAAGGUCCGACAGAGGGGGUUGUUGCCACGCUGUCAGAUGCGGCUGAUCGUCAUGUCGGCUGAUCGUGACGCUUUGUUUCAGUAAACUGAUCAAACGUUUCACAUCCAUUCACAAGA